AUGGAAUCCAAUCGAUUGCGAGACCGUUUUAGGUCUUUGCGGAAUGAUUUCCUCGACUCGCUCUCGGGCUUGGAUCGCCCACACAAAUUGGGCGAUAUCCGCGCCUUGGAUAAUACACUCGCUAUGCUAGAGACUACAAUUGAAGUUUUCCCUCCGCUAAAGGCAGCAAUUGGCGGAUUACGAGAUGUUAUUCGAAAUACUGUGAUAUCGAAGCAGAACCUGCGCGAGUACAAACAAAUCGCGUCGGAGCUACAGUCACAUAUGGACACCUUGCUAGGAUGUGUCCGUCGGACAAACCCUACUUGGAUGGCUCACUCGAUAGUUAAAAUCUCACGGCAAGUAACCCCAAGCCUGAGCAACAAAAUGAUGUUAACCGAUGUGAGUAGCGCUAUUGAAGAAGAAACACAAUCCAUCAAAACACAACAAGGUAGAAGUGGAACAAGCAGGAUCGCAAACGCAUUGGGUGAUGAAGAUCGAAUACUGCAAAGUUACCGCAGAGUCGAGUCACUCUUUCGUCAACUUCAGAUCGACAUAUCUCUGAGUACAUGGAGCUCCGUACAUGAACAUCAUAUGACAUCGCUACUCGAUAAACUCCUACCUGCAUCCAGCGCCUGGUACGAUGCUGCGCUUUCUGCAGAAGCCUACCGUGGCGGCUUCGAUACCUUCAAGUUAUACUGGAUGAGUGGCAUGCCAGGUACCGGCAAGACUACCAUUACAUACACCCUUUGUCACAUGCUCGAGUCCACCAAGCAGCUCGGGGCCUGUUUCUUUUGCUCUCGGGUUUCUCCCGACUGUCGUGACGGCAAUCGAGUAUUUCCAACGAUCGCAUACCAGCUAGCGGAGUUCUCAAACCCGUACCGAAACAAAGUAUGCGAGGUGCUGAGCGCGACGCAUAAUAUUGCGCAGAGGAACAUCAAUGUACAAUUUGAGAAUCUGAUACUGAAGCCACUCAUAUCCGUCAAGGACGCCUUACCCGCUGACGUUAUAGUUGUGAUUGACGCUCUGGAUGAAUGCUCCAGUGGAGAGCAGAUUUUGUCCUUACUCGUCAAGAACGCUUCAAAACUGCCAAUCAAAUUCAUCGUGGCCAGUCGCCCCGAGCCAAAUAUUACGCAGCAAAUGGAGAAGCUUUGGUCUAUCCCAGUCCACCAAGCCGUUUACCUACAUGAGAUCGAGAAGUCCCUCGUACAAGCAGAUAUCACUAUCUAUCUCCAGCAAGCUCUCGAAGAAUUGGAUAUUCCUCCGGAUUCACAAGACAUAGAACGCCUCUCUGCUUAUGCGGGGAAUUUAUUUAUCAUUGCGGCUACGAUGGUUCGGUAUAUCCGUGGACACGGCCCUGUAAUUUCUGCCUACCGCUGUCGUCAGCGCUUGGAAACAACCCUAGCUAUGGUCAAAUCAGGCACCAGGGAUGCAGAGCAAGACGGGACAACCGACGCCCUUUACACAAGUAUCCUGGAGCAUGUACUAGAACAAGGAGGAUUGGCCAAAGACGAAGCGGCAGAAAUAUACCAAGUAUUAUGGGCUACACUUUGUAUGCGCGAGCCGGUAUCAAUCGAGACCCUAUCAAAGGUACUUGGCAUGAAUUCGCCCAUUGUAACGGACGCAGUCAACCGACUUCAAUUGUUCUAUGCCUGUCGCUUUUGGGCAGAUCAUUUACAAGAGGUUCCCAUCUCCAAAGGAGUGGUGGACGCCGUAAAAAGAUUCCUUUACGAGCACUUGCUAUUUUGGAUCGAGCUCGUCAACCUCAAGGGUUGGGUGUCUAAUGCUUCGGGCGCAGUGCAGCAGGGGAUAAAUUGGCUCACGUACAACACUGCCACUUAUACUAACAUGGGCAUUGAACCUAACUUGGCUGACCUGCAAACGGCAAUUCGUGAUGCUCAGAACUUCGUCAUAUCCUUCUCCGCCAGCCCAGUCUCUCAGAGCACACCACACCUGUAUCUCUCUUUACUUCCGGCUUCGUCCAAGCACAGCGAAUUACUUUUCCAUCAUCGCAGAAGGUUCCACGGACUUCCAGGUUCGGUAGCAGCCCAUGCGUUGGAUUCAAGAGGCGAAACUGGCGCACUUGCUGUUUGGACAGUCGGAUACAAUGUAUUGCGCAUGGCAGUAUCUUCUGAUGGUACACGCCUUGCAUCAUCAGGUUAUGGUGGCAUUAUUCAGGUCUGGGAUAUAAGGCUCGGAGAGCUUGCCUCAGGGUCCAGCAAUGGAACUAUAUGCAUAUGGGAUGUUGCCGGCGGGGGUGCUUUGAUAAGCACCAUCCACGAGCACACGGAUCAAAUCAAUCGAUUGUUCUUCUCUCCCAUCAACAAACUCUUAGCAUCCGCUUCGAACGAUGGUUCUAUCUGUCUGUGGAACUUGCAUGAAGGGGAACAACCAAGUUUACACCUGCGAUUCUAUGGCAAUGACUACUGGGAUAUCUCGUUUUCUACAGAUGGCUUGCAGCUCGCAUCGGGUGGUCCAAUUGCCUUAUCUACAUACGAAGCACCAAGACCGGUAGUUUAUUGGUCGGUCCACUAG